GCCUCUCAACCAUGUCACUCACUGAUAGGAUCAAUAAUAGAGUGGCUAAUUCAGCAUUUGGCCGACACUUCCAGCUCGAAGGAUCUGGUGCAAAGAAGGAGCGUCUAAACUCCAAGUUCUUGACAGAGCUUCGUGGUGGAUUAGCUACCUUUGUUGCCAUGGCUUAUAUUAUAUCUGUCAAUUCGACAAUCAUUGCCGAUUCAGGCGGUCCAUGCAUAUGCAGUCCGCCAGAAGGGGCAACUGGAAACGCUGCACUAUGUGUAGGCGACCCUGACUACGAAGCUUGCAAACUCAUCGUGCGACAAGAUUUGAUUACUGCCACUUGCGCCAUUGCGUGUCUGGCAUCUGCCCUCAUGGGCACAUUUGCUAAUUUGCCAAUGGGAAUGGCACCUGGAAUGGGUUUGAACGCAUAUUUUGCUUAUACCGUUGUUGGCUUCAACGGUAGUGGCAGUACAUCCUACGAAGUGGCCAUUUCGGCUGUAUUUAUUGAGGGUCUCAUCUUUUUGUUCAUGUCGGUGUUCGGAAUCCGACAAUACCUGGCCCGACUUAUUCCUGUUAGUAUAAAAAUUGCUACCGGUGCUGGUAUUGGCUUAUAUUUGUGCUUUAUUGGCCUCCAAACUUCUGCUGGAAUCGGACUCAUCACUGCCGAUGCAUCUACUCUUGUCACUCUUGGUGGCUGCGAUAGUCAGUAUAAAGACGAGAACGGCGUUUGCUUAGCACAUCAUAUGGAGUCUGGUAGAACGUGGCUGGGUAUCAUGGGCAUAUAUUUGAUGACCAUGAUGUCGCUGUUCAAAGUAAAAGGAUCAAUUCUUAUUUGUAUCCUGAUUGUUGCCAUCAUCUCAUGGCCACGUAAUACGGCUGUGACCUUCUUUCCCUACACUGCUUCAGGCGAUGCUGCGUUCGAUUUCUUUAAGCAAGUCGUCACAUUCCAUCCUAUUGAGAAGACUCUUGCUGUGCUGAAAUUCGACUUGAGCAGUGGUGAAAUUUGGGUUGCUCUCAUCACACUUUUGUAUGUCGAUAUUAUGGACACCACUGGUACCUUAUAUUCUAUGGCUAAAUUUGGAGGCUACAUGGAUGAACGAGGCGACUUUGAGGGUAGUUCCGUUGCGUUCAUCUGCGACUCUCUCUGCGUUGCCAUUGGUGCACUGUUUGGUACUUCGCCGUGUACUACCUUUGUGGAAUCUGGAGCAGGUAUCACGGAAGGCGCUCGUACUGGUAUUGCAGGUCUGACGGUAUCGUUUGGUUUCUUCAUUUCCUUGUUCUUUUCUCCUAUAUUUGCAUCAUUUCCUCCUUGGUCUACGGGCCCUGCCUUGGUCUUGGUCGGAUCUAUGAUGAUUCAGAAUGUCAUCAAUGUAAACUGGGGUUACAUAGGAGAUGCGGUACCUGCAUUUUUGACAAUGGCUCUUAUGCCUCUGACUUACAGUAUCGCCGACGGUAUGAUUGGGGGCCUUUGCACCUACAUUGCCAUCAACAUUUCCGUAUGGUUGAUUGAAAAAGCUUCGUUCGGUCGAUUAUUGGUUGACAAGACGCAAAAGGAACCAUGGUCUGGACAUCAUCUAUCAGGUAGUGGCAUUUUACCUCCAUGGAUCAAACGACUCGCUGGCAAGGUCACUGGUCGUUAUCCCGGAGACGAUUUGCCCAAAGAAGGAGUUUAUCAAAUGGGAAGUGUGCGAAAUUCUAAUCAGGAAACACGAGUUUCUCUGAGUAGCCAAGACGAAGGUCACGACGAAGAUUUGACAGUAGGAAGUGGAUAUAGUAAAUGAGACUAGAUAUCUCCUCUUGCUUUGUUCUUUUUUUUUACAUCCACCGAUUUUUUUUUAUUUGCAUACUGCAUAGAUAUGCACUAUACGCAUUGUAUCUAUACUACUUUUUUUGUGAUUAUUAGAUGUAAAUCAUCGAUCUGCCAUGGUAUGCGUACAUUUGUGCAAAUACACAGGAAUAGAAAAGGCAAAAUUACGCAAAAAUAUAUUUAUUAUAAGUAUA